CGCACAAGCAGCGUCAUUCGGGAUUGCUGAGAGCGCACUGACCACUCGCACCACCACAGCCAGAGACCUUCAAGACGAGGCUCCGUAAAUGCUGUCGUCGUGCUAACAAGCCGCACCACGCCCCGUCCCUCCCCACGCCCAGUCCAUCAUCGCGCAAAGACGGUCGAAGAUGGCUGCCAGGGUGCUGCUGGGCCAGCGUGCUCCGGCACAACUGGUCGCCGGCCUUGUUGCCGGCUCCUUUGCUUUAUAUCCCUCGGUUGCCCACGCCGAGGCCCCUUCCGGGCUCCGGCUGCCGCCCAAAAAGUCCAUCUACGACGACUACGAUGAAACCCCCUCCGCCCCGAAGACCUCAGCCCCGGCUCUGCCAUCCCCCGAGCAGAGCUACGGCGACGCCCGGCCCGUCAUCCGCCGCGGCCCCACGGCAACCGACCUACUGGCGGCCCAGAUCCGGCGCGCCCGCCUCUUCCUGCACGCCCAGGCCGCCACGGUCGAGGACGGCGUCAACUCGGCGCUGGGCCGCGCCCUGGACCUGGAGCAGUCCUUCACGGCUACGGUGGCGUCGCUGGCGCCGCCGCGCGAGAGCGGCGAGCGCGUCAUGCCGGGCCUCGUCUACGUCCUGGUCGCCGCCAUGGCCGGCAGCAUCGUCGCCCGCCGCCGCAACGUCCUCCUCCGCGCCGCCACCCCCGCCGUCUUUGGCGUCGCCACCGGCUGGGCCGUCCUGCCCUUUACCAUGCGCAACGUCGGCGACCUGGCCUGGAGGUACGAGGAGAGGGUCCCGGCCGUGGCCAACGCCCACGUGCGCACCCGCGAGGCCCUCGAGAAGAGCGUCGUCAUGUCCAAGGUCCACUACCAGCUCGGUGUGCAGUUCGUCGAGGACAAGGUCACCGCCACCAGGGAAUCCCUGGAGGGAUGGGUCAGGAAAGGAAAAUAACUUCGCAUUACACCCGCUGGCCGUCGUAGGAGCGGCGGAAUGGAAAUAUAUAAAAAAACAUGAGUUUUGAAACAAGAACAAAAACGGAGGGAGGCUUUAAUGGCUCAAAGUCCGACUGGAAGAGCCAGCUGCUCUCCUGCAGAUGGAAGCGGUUGAUACCAGCUGUACAAUAAAUACAAAAUGCGACAUAGACUUUUCUUUUAUCACUUGUCUUUUCGUUAUCCUCUGCUCAACUGGAUGGCAUUUGCUGGUCGGUAGGCACACGAUGUGA